UACGACUUCACAGAUAGGCAACAUUCUGAGCACAUCGCCUGCUGCUUUUACAAAGCGACAAUCUUAUCUCUUAUAUAAUUGAGAAUAUGUAGGUAUGUACAUACAAUGUGUAGUGAAAAUGUCGGAGUCUUUUUUAACUACUGAUGCUCUGCCUAGCUCUCCUCGAGACGAACCAAACCCAACUUUUCAUAAUGGAAGUGCUACAAAACAGAUGCCAAAAGAGUCAACAGACAAAGGAAAUAGUGAUGAGGGCUUUGAACCUCAGUCACAAUCAGCUCCAAAUAGUGGAUUUUAUCACAAAAAGCCUCAAGUGGUAAAUAAUGUGAUUCAAGUAAUCAAUUCUCCUGGAACACGUAUUGGUAGCACCCAUCAUUACCACAGUUCACCAAAAAGCCGGGCACAUGACUCACCAACUAUAACUGAGACUGAAAAAAUGGCAUUGCUCAAAAAAAGUACUGAACCAGUCUUUCAGAACGAUAUUGACGCUCUUAAGGAGCAUAUUGGACAUAAUUAUAGAAGUAUUUUUAAUAAACUAGGAUUAUCACUUGGGGAGAUCCAGCAGGCCGAGAUGGGAUAUAGCAAAAAUGAAAGUGAGAUGAUGAGGGUUUUAUUGCUUAAAUGGAGACAAUCAAAUUUCAAAGAAGACGCUACUGUUGGAAGGUUGGCGCGAGCAUUAUGGGAUUGCAAUGAACAUGAGGCAUUAAGAAUUUGGGCAUCACAAUAUGACCAAUUACAUCAGGAAGUCGAUUAAACAUAUUUUGUGAUACUAUGAUAAUCCGUUUUAAUUUUUAUAUAUAGUCUAAAACAAAUUGUUUAAUAUAUUUUAUACCUAAUAUACAUUUUUUAACAUU